GUCCUUAUUUGAGAAAGGUUCGCAGCCCUAAUUUUGAACCCUUUUAAGCUCCGAUCACUGAAUUUCGAUUCCCGAAGCCCCAAUUGCGCAUAUUAUGCUGAGAUCACCGUCGUCUCCGCCAAAGUUGAGUAUUCUCGCGCUUGCUGAAAGAUAGAACAUGAUUUAUACGGCAAUUGACACGUUUUAUCUGUCAGAAGAACAGCUGAAGAGUUCACCAUCUCGUAAAGAUGGCAUUGACGAGGCCACUGAAACUACACUUAGAAUCUAUGGUUGUGACCUCAUACAAGAGAGCGGCAUAUUGCUUAAGCUACCACAAGCUGUUAUGGCCACUGGUCAAGUCCUAUUUCAUCGCUUCUACUGCAAGAAGUCAUUUGCUCGGUUUAAUGUGAAGAGGGUUGCAGCUAGUUGUCUCUGGCUUGCUACAAAACUUGAGGAGAGUCCUAGAAAAGCAAGGCAGAUACUGAUUGUCUUUCACAGGAUGGAAUGUAGGAGGGAGAACUUGCCAAUAGAGCAUUUGGACACAUCCUCCAAGAGAUAUGUGGAUCUGAAGGGAGAUUUGGUCAGAACAGAAAGGCAUCUUCUCAAAGAGAUGGGUUUCAUCUGUCAUGUUGAGCACCCUCACAAAUUCAUAUCAAAUUACAUUGCUACUCUGGAAAUUCCCCCAGAACUCAGACAAGAAGCUUGGAAUCUUGCAAACGACAGCUUGCGCACGACUUUGUGUGUGAGAUUCAAGAGUGCAGUCGUGGCAUGUGGUGUUGUAUAUGCUGCAGCCCGCAGGUCUCAAGUGCCAUUACCUGAGAAUCCUCCAUGGUGGAAAGCAUUUGAUGCCGACAAAUCUGGAAUCGAUGAGGUUUGUAGAGUUUUGGCGCAUCUGUACAGCCUUCCAAAGGCCCAGUAUAUUCCUGUUUGUAAGGAAGGGGGUUCCUUUACCACACCUGCUAAUCGAUCAUGGGAUUCACCACAUCAGUCAGCUUCGAAGGAUGGUCAAUUAGCAGGAACAACCACAAAUGAAGACACCAGUACUGCAAAGGCGCCUUCCACUGCUGUCAAUGCAGAAGCUGGUAAGGACGAACUGGUCAAAGCUUCUCUCGAAAAACUGAAGGAUACAAAGAAAAGUGACAAGGAUGGUAAAAGCACGACAAAUGGCGGUGACUCAAGGGAGGAACCUCAGGCUAAACUGUCAUCGGACACUAGGACAGAGACAGGUGGCGAAAGGAUCAAGGAGAGGGAGAGAGACAGGGAAAGGGAGAGAACCAGGGGCAGAGACCAUGAUAGAGGGCGGGAUUCUGACAGAGAACGUGGACGGGAUGAGAGGGAUGACUAUGAAAGGGGCAGAGACAAGGUUAGGGAGAGGGUUCAUCGUUCAAGGGACAAAGGAAAAGAUUCUGGACGCAUGGAGAAGUCCAAACAUCAUUCUUCUCGAGAACGAGACCAUCACAGCUCUUCUUAUGCAUCAAAAGAGAAGGAUCGCCGCAAGCAUCAUUCAUAUGCUUGAAUGAAACAUUGGACAUACAUGGGAGCAUGGGGGGAACGACUACCAGCGGCGCGGAUAACUGCUCUUUCCUCAUUCUAUACUUCACUAGAUGUAGUUCUUCUCAUUGCUGUACCUUUACAUUGUGCAUUUUGUGAAGUUUUUUUAAAAAAAAAUUUCUCAUACUA